AUGGAAUCUUCUGAAAAUCUCAUCAGGAGGCAUGCAGGAGAAUUAUUUAAAGAGGACAGUCAACAAAUUAGUCUUGGGGAUUGUAUGGUGCCAGAGAUUGUAUGUGAACUAAAGAAAAAUGAUUCUGAACUUUGGUAUCAUAUUAAAAGAUACAGGUACAUUAUAAACAGCCCCUGCAGGAAUACAGACGACGUGUUUCUCCUUGUGCUAGUUAUGUCCGAUCCUCGUGAUUUUGUCACCAGGGAUAUGUACCGAAAGACGAGUGGGAGCGUUAAAGACGUUCUUGGAGAAAAAAUAAAAACUGUAUUUGUCGUCGGUCAAACAAAUGAUUCAGACGUGGAACGUAGGAUAUUAGCAGAAAAUUCUGUACACAGAGAUAUCAUCAAAAUGACAUUUUACGACACCUACAAGAAUUUCACUCUAAAGACACUAUUGGCCAUGCGAUGGGCCAUUGAUUACUGCGCAGGUGUAAAAUUUGUCUUAAGGUGCAGGCACGAUGUUAUCGCAAAUUACCGGGAGAUUAUUAGAUACUUGAAGGAUCUUCCAAAAUUCAAGACGGAAACGUUAUUCACAGGCUAUUUGUACCCGAAGGGGAGUUCUCCUUUUCGAAUUCUAACACAAAAAUAUUACCAGUCAUUUAGGCAGUACAGUGGAAAUAAAUAUCCGGCUGUCCUGUCAGGGUUUGCUACAGUAGCCUCAUUCCAAGUCAUCAGUGUCCUCCAUUCAGCCUCGUUUUGGAAACAUCUCUUCAUUGAAGAUGUGUACCUGGCCACGCUGGCGCACGAAAACGACAUCGAGCUUGUCCACAAUCCAAACUUUUGGUUGACAGUACCUCCAGAAUUAAAGAAGGAUUCUUGUCUUCUCUCAAUGCCGUUGGCUAUUCACAAGGCACCUGACUUUAAAUUUUGGAGUGUUUUGGAUGAUUUUGGAAAAACAGAUAGUUCAAAACUGCAGUCACGAACUAGAGUUGCGUGA